GCGCCCGGUAGGCCGCGGUUUCCUCCCCGUUGAGGAAACUCUGCCCAGUCAGUGUACAGCUAACAUGGCGGACGGCGGACAGGCUGAAUCAGAGCAGGAUGUCGAGAGCAAGAUCCGAGAAACGCGCCAGAGAUUUAAGGAGGAAUACGUUCAAGAUUCAACCGACAAGUAUGACUCCAGAGACCUGGAGCGACUCAUGAAGGACGACGCGCUGGUCGAUGGCUACCUCGCCUGGAGGCAUUUUGUCGUGGACGACACCCUGAAGAUGAUCGACGAGAGUUUACAGUGGCGGAAGGAGUUUAGCCUGAAUGACCUCACGGAGAGCAGUAUUCCGAGGUGGAUGUUCGAGACGGGAGCGGUCUACCUCCACGGCUACGACACGGAGGGCAACAAACUCUUCUGGUUCAAAGUGAAGCUCCACGUUAAGGACGCCAAAACAGCUGUGGACAAGAAGAGGUAUGUGGCGUUUUGGCUGGAGCGCUACGCUAAACGUGAGCCCGGCAUGCCCCUCACGGUCGUCUUUGACAUGUCUGAGUCCGGCCUCAGCAACAUCGACAUGGACUUUGUGAAGUAUAUCAUUAACUGCUUCAAAGUGUACUACCCGAAGUUUCUGUCCAAAAUGAUCAUUGUCGAGAUGCCUUGGAUUAUGAAUGCUGCCUGGAAGAUAGUAAAGACGUGGUUGGGUCCAGAAGCCAUCAGCAAGCUGAAGUUUGUGUCCAAAGCUGACAUCCAGACAUUCAUCAGCCCUGAGCACCUCCCCCCACACAUGGGAGGAACGGACCAGUUCAAGUACAGUUACCCUCCCCUCCCGGACGACGACUUCCAGUCGCCCAUCAGUGAAAAUGGGCCGAUUGUGAGCGAAGACGAGAGCGAGGCGAAGGAUACGGAGUCCGAGUGUAAGGAAAGCCUGGAGUCCAGCUUCAGCACCGAGCUAGCCCUCCGACCCAAAAAGGUCAAUUUUGUAGAGGAUGGAGUGAAGCCAGACGAUUUGGAAAGGCAGGACAGUUCCAGUCGGCUGAGGGGGGCCAGGAAACCCCUGACCACUUUUAAAGGCACUUUAUUACAUGUGAGUCCAGCUGAGGAGCUCAGUUUUGGCUCGAGAGACACAGAGAAGAAAUGCCUCAUCGUCCUCAACAAUGUGACCAAAAAUCAGGUGGCGUUCAAGGUCCGGACGACGGCCCCGGAGAAAUACCGCGUGAAGCCCAGCAGUAGCAGCUGUGAGGCGGGAGCGAGUGUGGACAUCAUCGUCUCACUGCACGGAGGUUUCCAGGCGUCCCCUCAGGACCGGUUCCUGAUCAUGGCUGCGGAGAUGGAGCCGGGCGCUGGCGCCGGGUCCCCUGAACUCGCUCAGUUCUGGAAGGAAGUCCCAAAAGCAAAGGUCAUGGAGCACAGGCUCCGGUGUCAUGUUCUCGAGAGUCCCAAGUCUAUUUUGAGCAAUCAGACCGACAGUCUGCCCAGCACGCCUACCGGUGACACCCAGGACCUACAAACAGCACUGAUGCGCCUCAUGGCCAGUAACUACCGCUUGGAGCAGAAGCUGGACGCAUGCUUGUGGCUGCAGAAGGUUCUCCUGGUGCUGGUGUCCAUCCUGAUGGCCUUCACCUUCUCCAUGGUCCACUCGCUGUGGACAUCAUAACCCCAGCAGACCUCAGAACCUCACGCUCAGCUAAUAGGAGCUCUCCCUAAAACACUGGCCAGUCAGCUACUGAGGAUGCCUGCGUCACCAUGGAAAUCAUCACGGAGACCGUUCCUGUGCACGCACUGCCACAUGUCGCCGGGCAUGCUGGGUGAACAGCAUCCUCUGGCUCUGUGCUCGGAGCUAACCAAAGAGAGCAGAGCUUCCCGUGUGAUUGAAGGCAUAAUAAUGUAUUUUUAUUACUCAUCAUGAAAUAAUGACAUAAUUUAUAUCAGAUGUAAUGUAGCUUGUAUAGUAAUUGUUUAGCAAUAGACUUUAUGAUCAACUGUACAAACUGAAGAUGCAGGUUUAUAAAAAAAAUAAAAUGGUCUUUUUUGUUAUAUCACUA